AUGGCGACAAGUGACCAGCCUGGAACAAGGGACCAUGAUUUCUGCCGCACUAAAUGGUAUGAUCAGUUGGAAGAGAUUUUGACACACAAAGAAAGUGAUGAUGAAGAUCUCUUGAAUUUAAAAGAAGAUGAUGAGCUUAAGGAAAUUGCUGAUGAGUAUUUCUGUAAAGAGUCUGAGCUUGGUGAAGGAAAAAAUCUCUUAAGAGAUUACUUGCUCAAAGAGAUGAAGAAAGAGACCCGUCUUGUAUUCUCUGCAAAGAAAGAUGAAGACUUCACAAAUUGUUGUUCUCCUGUUUGCAGAUUCAGUGAACUCGUAACCGUCUCUGACACAAAAGAACUCUACAUUCUAGAGCCAUCAUCAACAAAGAUAUGGAAAAUUCUAAGAACUUACAUGAAUGAAGCCCUCAAGGAGUUGGAUGGCGUGGAGAAAAAGAUAUUCUCUUGUCUCCUAAAAUGUUAUUCUCUUGAGAUGGAGAGGGACCACAUUGAAGGGUUUAAGCCUGAGGUUGCUUGGGUUACAAGAGCUGGUGAACAUGAUCUCCUAACCCCAUUCUCUCUACGUCCAACUAGUGAGACCAUCAUUUACCCUUACAACAAAACCAAGAUUAGGACACACUGUGAUCUUCGGAUGAAGGUUAACCAGUGGGUUAAAGUUGUUAGAUGGGAAGUUAGUGACCCUAUCCCAUUGAUAAGGGGUCGUGAGUUUGAUUGGCAGGAAGGUCACACUACCUUCGCCACCAAGGAAGAAGCUUAUGAUGGGGUUCUUGAGUUUUUGAGCAUUUACUCUUGUGUCUAUGAAAAACUUCUUGCGGUUCCUGUUAUAAAAGGUGUAAAGAGCGGGACGGAGAAGUUUCUUGGUGCAGACUACACCACAAGUGUUGAGGUUUUUAUACCAACAAAUGGUCGUGGAGUACAAGUUGCAACCUCACAUUGUUUGGAGAAAAAUAUAAAGUCAAUGGUGUGGCAAAACUCGUGGGGUUUAAGUACCAGGUCGAUAGGUGCGAUGGCUAUGACUCGUGGAGAUGAAAAAGGCUUAGUGAUACUUCCAAAUAUGGCACGUUAUCAAGCAGUUGUGAUACAUGUUCCUUUUAAAGGUGCUGAUACCAAAAAGAUCUUUGGUGAAUGUAAAGCCGGUAAAACCAUCUUGCAAGGUGCUGGAGUCUGUGCUAUAGGAGAUGAACGAGACAACUAUGCUUGCGGCUGGAAGUAUGCAGACUGGGAGAUGAAAGGUGUUCUUUUUAUAAUCGAGAUUGGUCCAAGCGAGUUGGAAAAGAAUGACGUGAGAAUAGUAAGGUGGGGCACUGGAAUAAAGAUGGAUGUUGUUACAAUGGACGUGGUUAAAAAAGUGAAAGAUUUGAUGGAAGAAAGCAUUCAAAAGGUUGAAACUUGGGAUGAGUUUAAGGAAGCUCUGAGACAGAAGAAGCUGUCUUUAUCUCCAUGGUGUGACGAAGUUGAGAUGAAAAAUGUUGUGUUGAAAAAGUCUUACGCUUCACUGGUUGGCAUAUGUUCGGUUAUAGAUCAGAGAGCGACGAGUCUUUCCCAAAUUAUGGACUCUGUUUUGUUGAAUGGAUCUGAAGAAAAUGGAAAGUUUGAUAUUGAAGAGGAUUCGAAGUCUCCAAAGACUCAUGGGAAGUUCAGAGAUGUGUUGAGGAGUGUGCAUUUGGAUGAUGAAGAACAUGGUAAGAAGAAGAGAAAGAGAAACACAUGGAUUAAGUUCAAAGGAACGAGAUAUCUCAUCGGUGUACAAGACUUGGCGAAAAAGGAUUUCAAGUUUAAGGGGGAGAAUGUUGAAAGUAAGCUUGAAGGAAAAGCUUGUGGAGCAAGCUAUCCUAAAGAUAUUUGGAAAGUGAAAGAAAUAGGAAAUAUGCUUGUUUAG